UUAACUUUAAGCAAAACGUUGAGACGGGACUUCAACUCCCAGUAAACACAGCGAUUUGUCUACUCUACACACCCAACAAUGUUCCGUUGCUUGCUGAUCAUGUCUGACCUUGUGACUCUCAAUGUGGGAGGAAGGCUGUACACUACCUCUCUGGCCACCUUAACUCGGUUUCCCGACUCCGUGCUGGGUGCGAUGUUCAAGGGCAGGCUGCCAGUCAGAAAGGACCAGCAGGGCCAUUUCUUCAUUGACCGGGAUGGCAAAACCUUCCGUCACAUCCUCAACUUUCUCAGGUCCUCGCACCUCGACCUCCCAGAUGACUACAAAGAGAUGAAGCUCCUGAGACGCGAGGCGGGGUUCUACCAGAUUCAGCCUCUGAUGGAAGUGUUGCAUGAGAGGGAGGCUGAGGACCUGGCAUCAGAGAAGAACGCCAUGCUGAACAUCAGCCUGGAUCAGAAAAUGCAGGCAGUUCACCUCUCUGGACCAGAUGCGCCCCAGGCCUACAGCCUCGGUUCUUUGACUAUAGACGUCUUCUCAGCCAACAUCUUUUGCACCUCGGGUGCGUUCCUGAGCAGCCUGGGUAUUCAGAUCUGCUACUUCUUCAACGGCAACCUUUCCCCUGUGUGUGGCGAAGGCGAAGGUCAGAAUCGGCUGGCGCUGCAGUGGGUGGGUGCUGUAGAGGGCCUCCCGGAGGAAGAGUACACCCUGCAGAAUUUGAAAAGGCUCUGGGUUUUUAACAAGCAAGUUAACAGUCUCCGGGCCUUUGUGGAAGAGGUUCUGAAAAUAACCAUGAAUCAAGGCUUCUGCAUGGACUCCUCUCACCCCAGCUCCCACGAUUUCACGAACACCAAGACUGUCCGGUUGAUUCGCUACAGCUGAUGUGUGGUGAGUGUUCUGGUGCA